CAGCUGCCAGCUCUCUCUGAGGACAAGCAGCCAUGGGACUGAGAUGUGGGAUGAGGACCACCAAGUGCCAGCUGCUGGUGACCAGCCUCUGUGUCAUGCUGCUGGGGUUGUCCAUCGCCACGCUGAGCACCGUCACCCACUACGGCCUCCAUUUCACCCUCAUCAGUGACAUCUCUCUGGAGGACAACUCCUACAGGGUCAUCCACCACACAGCUUUCUACUUGGGGAUCUGCCUGAGCAUGACCCUGAUCCUCGCUGCCCUGCUGAGCUCUGCUGCCACGGUGCGGGAAUCGCAGUGCCUCACCGCCACGGGGUUUUUCUGCUUCGCUCUGGCCUUCUGUGGAUUGCUCCCAGCUGCCUGCUGGAGAUACACACACAGCACCGAGGUGGAAGACAGCGUGAUGGAUGUGUACGACCGCGUGUACGAGGAGGUGAGGAGGAACAGCUCCAGCCCCAGGAGGCACGACCUGACUGCCCUCCAUGAAGCAUUCCUGUGCUGUGGGAAGCACUCUCCGUUUGGGGACACAGCCAACAUGGAGCAGAAGACAUGCCCGCCCGGCCAGGCCUGGGAUGCAGGCCAGGAUUGCCUUCAAGAGAUCCAGCACUUCCUGAAGAAGCACAUGGACUUUGUCUCCACGCUCCUGGGCAUCACCAUUGCCUUCAUGGUUUAUGGGAUGAUCCUGACUUCAUUCCUCUGGUUCUCCAUCCACUUCAGCAGCAACCUGGACCGGAAAGGCAAAUACGUCCUGAGACAGAAGUAGAAAUCUGCUGCCUGGGCAUCCCCAGCAGGCAGAGCCAGCUCUUGGUGCAAGAGGAGGUCUGAAGUGGCCCAGGAGGGAGUUGCAUGGGGGCAGGCAGUGGGAUGUGUCCUCUUCUGCUCUACAGACUGCUGUGCCGGUCAGAGCAGCUGGUGCUUUGCAGAGGAAUAGUUCCACACCUGCACAGAAAACAGACAAGGACUGAGACAUGGCCAGGGGCUCGUUGCUGCAGAUCCCUUCAUCAGGGGAUGGAUGGGCUGGAGCUCCACAAGCAGGGCACAAACAGUGCCCCUGAGGGCAAGAACCAAGCAAAGAGCCCAGCAAAAACCACAGCAUGGAACCAAACUUCUCUU